GACGAAAAUGGCGGCGGCGAUCGCGGGAUGAGGAGCGGCCGCCCAGCUGUGACUCCCGCAGAGCUUGCCCGGGGCUGUGCCCUGCCCCAGCCCAGCACCCCGAGCCCCUGAGGGAGCCCUCCUGCAGAGCUGGGCGCUUGCAGGCCGUUUCUGGGGUCUGCAGCAGGGUGCCGCCAUGGAGGAGGUGGAUUCCCGCUUCCUGCACCUGCUGCAGCCCAUCCGUGACCUCACCAAGAACUGGGAGGUGGACGUGGCUGCCCAGCUGGGCGAGUACCUGGAGGAGCUGGACCAGAUCUGCAUUUCCUUCGACAACGGCAAGACCACCAUGAACUUCAUGGAGGCAGCACUGCUGAUCCAGGGCUCUGCCUGCAUCUACAGCAGGAAGGUGGAAUACCUGUACAUGCUGGUCUGCCAGACACUGGACUGCAUCUCCAAGAAAAAGAAGGAGAAGCUGCCCUCUUCCCUGGGCCCCGACGGCCGCGACGCCGACGCCACCUUCACGGACAGGGAGGAGGAGUUCCUGUCCCUGGAUGACAUCCCAGAAACCAGCCAGGCCAGCGUGAACAUGAGGGGGGACCAGCAGCCUGCCGCCGUGAACAUCGUUCCCCUGACCCCGAUGUCCCUGGUGCCCCCGGAAGAGGGGGAGAAGAAGGAAAACCCCCUCCUGAGCCGGCGCGGCGAGGUGCUGGCCAGCCGCCGCGAUUUCCGCAUGAACACCUCCACCCCCCACGCCUGCGGCGCCUUCCUGCUGGAGCUGGGCGGGCGUCCCGUGUCCUCUCCCCUGGCCCCUGCCCUGCUCCAGUCCCCGGUGGGAUUGUCCCUGUCCCCUCCCCUGCUGGCCUUGUCCCGUGUCCCCUGCCCUGCUCCAGCCCGGGUCCCUCAGCCCAAACACACAAUCCUGCUGGGAUCUGUGGAGGAGCAGGAAGAUCCCGGGUGUGCGGGGCCAUCCAGGCCGGUCCCGUGCUGCUGGGAGGGCCGGGCUGUGGCUGGGCCGGCCCGUGGCUGGCCCAGGGGACGCUGGGGACAGUGGGGACAGGGGACAGGGGCCUGCCUGUCCCGCAGCCGGCGCGGCGAGGUGCUGGCCAGCCGCCGCGAUUUCCGCAUGAACACCUCCACCCCCCACGCCUGCGGCGCCUUCCUGCUGGAGCUGGCCGGGCUCUCCCCCACCCACCCGCGGCAGGAGCCGGGCCUGGGGACAGCCACAGCGGCUCCAGCGUCCAGCCCCGCGCAGCGCCCCGGCUCUGGCACGGCCCUGGCGCGGGCACUGAGCUUCUGCGAGGAGGCAGGUGAGGGGUGGCACCUGCCCGCGCUCUCCUGGGGUCCCCGUGGCCACCCAGGGCACUUGGCCCUGGCAGGAGAACUCCUGGGGAGAUUCCUUGGCAGACAGGGUGGGAAUGGGGGGUCCUGGAAGCUUCUCCAGCCUCUGCCCAUUGCCACCCCUCCAGGUGCUGAAGGACCUGAGGAUGACGACCUUCCUGCAGUCCUGGAGGAUGACAUGGAAGUGACCCCGGUCCCCAACGAGCACAUCGUGGCUCAGAGGGUCUGUGUGGGGCUUGGGGGGGCUGUGCUCCUUCCCUGGAUCCCCCCAGCCCCUCAUGUCCCUCUCUGUGUCCCCCAGAGCACGCCCCGGACCCGGGGGUACGUCCUGCGGGAGAGACCCCCCAGCCAGGACCCCAAAGCCCUCAGCAAGGAGGAGCCCAAUCCGUGGCAGAGCCUCGACCCCUUCGGAGACUCUGAGGAGAAGCCCUUCAGGAAAGGGAGGCCCUUCCAGGUGCCACACGGCCUGGAUGAUGUGAUUGGAGGCAAGAGGAAGAGGAGGGGCCCGAGGAAGCUCCAGGAUUUCACCAGAUGGUUUUCUGCAGCCUACAACAAUGUCACAGAGAGCCGGAAGAGCAGGAGGAAUGGCCCCACCUUUGCAGACCUGGAGGUGCUGUACUGGCGGCAUUUCAAGGAGCGGAUGGCGGCGCACAGGAAGCUCCGGAGCCGGGGGGUGAGUGGGGUGGGGGCUAAACUGGGGGGGCAGGGGGCUCCAGGACCCCCUUGCCGUGCCCUGGGGGUGCUCAGGGCUGUUCCUCCCCCCAGGUGCUGCCGAGGGAGCUGGAGCCAGAGCUGGAGCAGGAGCGCGGGGCUGACAGCGAGGAUGGGGCAGGUGCUGGAACCCAAAACCCCAAAUCCCCCCUGCCUGGGGAGCCUUUCUUUCCCUCCUGGGGGUCUGGGAGAGUCCCAGAAGGUUGGGGGAUCUCAGGGGGCACUGAGGGGGUCUCAGGGGACACUGAGUGGUGUCCCCAUCCUGGCAGAUGAUGAUUUUGUGGAGCACGAGGACAUGGAGCCCGAGGCUCCUCCAGAGGAGCUGGAGGAGAGAAACCUGGACUCCCCUGAGCCUGGCUACGAGGAGCUGGUGCGCAGGAACGUGGAGCUGUUCAUGGCCAGCUCCCAGAAGUUCGCGCAGGAGACGGAGCUGUCGCAGCGCAUCCGGCAGUGGGAGGAGCGCGUGGAGCCGCUGCUGCAGGAGCAGGAGGGCCGUGCCCCGUUCGACGUCCGUGCCUACGGGCAGCAGCUGACCGGGCGCUGCGCGGAGCUGGGCCAGUGGCACUCUCUGGCCAGCCUGGUGGCCGGGCAGCCCCCGUUCGAGGUGUGCCGCUACCUGCUGGCCUCGCUGCAGCUGGCCAACGACGAGGAGGUGGAGCUGGAGCAGGAGCCGGGGCUGGAGGCGGCGCUGGACACGGCGCGGCUGCGGCUGCUCUCGGCCCGCCCGGCGCACGAGAGGUUCCAGCACCUGCAGCUGCCCUCCCAGAGAGACCCCGGCCCCCAAUAAAGCCCCCUUUGCUAAGGAGGGGCCUCUCACCUCGGGGUGGUGGGGGGGAUGCGGUGGGGGGUCACGGGAUUCG